AUGAGCGUGCCAAAGAGAGGCAUAAAGCACUUGAAGGAAGAGAGAUUGGCAGCCAACGUUCCUGAGACUAUCGAGUCCAAACGUGUUUACGACGAGACGAUUUCAGCCGAGUUGGAAGGUGAAGACGAGUUCUCUGAGCUUUUUGACAGAACCCAGAAAGACCCCAAGGUGUUGAUCACCACUAACGCUGGUGCCAGAAAAGCAGCCUACGAGUUUGCCGACAUGAUGAUGGACUUCGUGCCCAACGCUACAUUUGUCAAGAGAAAGAAGGAGUACCUGAUGAAGGAGAUGGCUGAGUUCUGCUCCAACAGAGAGUACACCGACCUUCUUGUGAUCAACGAAGAUAGGAAGAAGGUCAACGGCAUCACAUUUAUCCACCUUCCCGAAGGCCCCACGUUCUACUUCUCCGUGUCGUCAUUGGUGGAUUCCAAGGGCAUCCGAGGCCACGGUAAGGCCACCACGCAUAUUCCAGAGCUUAUCUUGAACAAUUUCAACACUCGUCUAGGUAAGACGGUGGGCAGAUUGUUCCAGGCGAUUUUCCCCAAACAGCCCGAGAUCCAGGGCAGACAGGUCAUCACGUUGCAUAAUCAGAGAGACUACAUCUUUUUCAGAAGACACCGUUACUUGUUCAAGGAAAACGAGAGGGUGGGACUUCAAGAGCUAGGGCCUCAGUUCACAUUGAAGCUCAGGAGAUUGCAAAAGGGCAUUAAGGAGGAGAUCGAGUGGGAGUUCAAGGCAGACAUGGAGAAAGACAAGAGAAAGUUUUAUCUUUAG